AUGAGCUUUUCGUUAAGCGCACUAUCAGAGUCUAAUGAAGGAAUAAAAGAAGAUUUUCAGGCAGAAGGAGAUAAGCUUGAAAAAGAAAUAGAAAACUUAUUUUUAUCUGUCAGAGAUGAGUGUGAAAGAGAAAGAAUUAAGCCAAGUAUGAAAGAUGAUUUAUAUAAAGAGCCAAUACUUGAAAUUGAGCCUACUAAAACAAUCGAAAAAGUUAUCAUAAAGGCGAAAACAAAUAUUUUGAAUACUGAAAAACAAGAAAUAAAGCAGGGUGUUAUUUUUACUACAAGAGCGAUGGGUCCUUCAAAAUAUUUCAAAAAAGAUGAUCCAAGUCAAAAAGAAAAAGAAGAGUUUCAACCAGAAGGAGAUAAGAUUGAAAAAAAUAUAAAAGAUUCAUCAGUCAGAGAUGAGUGUGAAAGCGAAUGAAUUAAGCCAAGUAUUAAAGAGGAUGUUUAUAAAAAGUCUAUACUUGAAUUUGAGUCUAUUAAGCCUGUCGAUGAACUGAUGGUAAAAGCAAAAGCAAAUGUUGUAAAUACUGAAAAACAAGAAAUUAAGCAGGGUGUUGUUUUUACUACAAGAGCAAUGGGACCUUCAAAAUAUUUCAAAAAAGAUGACUCAAAUCAAAAUGCAAAAAUAAAAAAACUGACACCAGAGUCUAAUGAAGGAAUAAAAGAAGAAAUUCAGCCAGAAGUAGAUAAGUUGGAAAAAGAUAUAGAAAAUCUAUUUUCAUCUGCCAGAGGUGAGUGUAAAAAUGAAAGAUUUCAGCUAAGUAUUGAGGAAGAUGUCCAGAAAGAGUCUAUAGUUGAAAUUGAACCUAUUAAGCAGGUGGAUAAAAUAAUGGUAAAAGCAGAAACAAAUUUUGAAAGUUCGGAAAACCAAGAAAUAAAGAAAAACAUUGAUUUUUCUGGAAAAUAUACCAAAAAAGAUGUCGUAAAUAAAAAAGCAGAAAUAAAAAGCUUGAUAUCAGAGCCUGAUAAUAAAAUAGAAGAGGGAAUUCAACCAGAAGUUGAGAAACUCGAAAAAGAAAUAGAAAAUUUAUUUUUAGCUGCCAGAGAUGAGCACGAAAGAGAAAGAUCUCAGUCAAGCAUUGAAGAAGAUCUAGGCAUAAAGUCAAUAGAUAAAAUUAAGUCUCAUAAACCAGCUGAAAAAAUAACAGCAAAAGCAGAAUCAAAUAUUGUGAGUACUAGAAUGCAAGAGCUAAAAGAAGGGGUAAAUUUUACUCCAAGAACUAUGAAGCCUUUAAAAUACUUCGAAAAGAAUGACUCAAAUCAAAAAGCAAAUUUUAUAAAGCCAAUAUCAGAGUCUAAUGAAGAAAUAAUAAAAAAGCAUCAGCCAGAAGAUGAUAAGCUUGAAAAGGAAAUAGAAAAUUUAUUUUUAUCUGUCAGAGAUGAGUGCGAAAGAGAGAGAAUUAAGCCAAGUAUUGAAGAAGAAGCAUAUAAAGAGUCUAUCUUUGAAAUUGAACCUAUCAAGACAGUCGAAAAAAUAACGGUAAAACCACAAAAAAAUAUUGUGAAUACCGAAAUACAAGAAAUGAAGCAAGGCGCUAUUUUUACUACAAUUGCGAUGGGGCCUUCAAAAUAUUUCAAAAAAAAUGACCCAAAUCAAAAAGCAAAAAUAAAAAGGCUGAUGAAAAGAAAAUCAAGGCAGCUAAAAAUAAAGCUCAAAAACAACCAAAACCUUGUAAACGAAAUGGUUGAUGUUAUUAUAAACCUAAAGCUUGUUUCCAAGGAUUUAUUAGAGUGGUCUGACAACAUCCCAAAAUCAGCAAAAGGGGAAUCCUUAGCUGAAAAAAGAAAGUUAAAGCUGCAGCAGGUAAUUUUGAGAUAGAAACAAAGAGAACUCCAAGAAAAACUGGAAAGCUUGUCUGUUAACUUUACAAAUGCUAUGAUGGAAAAAGUUAAGGUCUUUUUGCAGUCUGAUAAUGAAAAUGAGAUUAAAGAAAUAAUUAGUCACGAUUGGGCGAAAGAUUAAGAUUAAGAUUAAGAUUAAAAUUAAGAUUAAGAUUUAGAUUAAGAAUAUGAUCAUAAGUGGAGCCCCACUAACCAGCCCUCCUUAAAUCUAAUAAAGGUAGCCCACGCUAGAUUCUUUUACGCCAGAGUGCAAAUGCUUUAAGGCCAAACCAAAAUGCAUCCUCUUGAAUUUUCUGGUGGGGCUCACUUAACCUAAAGAUUAAAUCUAUUAGGUUAUAGUUGCCUCUGCAGGGUACCCCAAUAGUCUCGAAGAUGAAGACUAUGUGGAGGCAUAGCAUGCAUAACCACCUUGCAGGGACUGGAAAACCUUCAGAGGAAAAACAAAACUUCACUCUUAGAAAAUCUUCCCCAAACCUGAAGGCCCUCUUCACAACUAAACAGACGCUUUGUUUCAGCUUCAUCAGGAUGAGUCCGACCUAUUCCAUAGGGAGUGCUUCGGGGACCAAUUUCCAUAACGUCACUGUUUUAUUUCUAUUGGGCGAAAAGGAAUUUAUGUAUAAGACUGUUUGGGGUCAAUAAAUACUGAUGGGCAGAAAAAAUAUUGAAAGAGUGCCCAAAGGAAGCCUAUGAAUUUGAAGUGUCAACAAAUUUUGACUACAAAUUAGCAAGCAAAAUUCUUAAAGAAUGUAAAAACUAUUUAGGGUGAAAUUCAGACGGCAUAUAA